AGUACAAUAUCUCUUCAAUUUACUUCUGGAAAUGAAAACUAUUUGAUCAAUUUGAUUGACUCUCCUGGUCACGUGGACUUCUGUGGUGAGGUGUCAACAGCAGUACGAUUAUGCGAUGGAGCUAUAAUUUUGGUGGAUGUUGUUGAAGGCAUUUGUCCUCAGACAAAAGUUGCCCUUCGCCAGGCUUGGACAGAAAACAUUCAUCCAAUACUGGUAUUGAAUAAGAUCGACAGACUUAUCAUUGAGCGUAAAUUAACUCCUUUAGAUGCUUACGUUCAUCUUCAACAGCUCCUAGAACAAGUUAAUGCAGUAAUUGGAGAACUAUUCACUGCAGAAGUUCUGACCAGAAGUAACAAGACUCGUGAAGCUAAACUAAAUGUUGAAGAGCCACCCUCAGAAGGAAAGGCUUCAGUUGCUGGUGACCCGUUGGGAGAUUUGUCUACGUUUAUUUGCAGGGAGAUUGAACAUUAUAUUGGUCAACCUCUAUCUCCAGACAUUGCCCCAAUUCCUCCUGAACCUGUGGAACCUGGGCAGGCUGAUGAGGACUUUGAUCACCUGUUUCCACCUCCUGAGUUUGUUGUGCCUUCCCAUACCCAUCCUGAUGAUCAUGUUCAGCCUUCCAAGCUUUCUCAGACUUUAUUUCUCAGGCAUGCUAAAGCAAAGAAGCCACUGUUUGUGCAGUUAGUUUUAGAAAACAUCUGGGCUGUUUAUGAAGCUGUUAUGGUGAGAAGAGAUGCAGAAAUGAUGGAAAAGAUAGUCAAAUCUAUGAGCCUGACAGUCUCGACUAGGGAUGCUCGACACAGUGAUCCGAGAGUUAAAUUACAAGCUAUUCUUGGUCAGUGGUUACCUCUCUCCAAAGCUGUGCUAGAAAAAGUUAGCUUGUUAGUCCCCAAUCCUCUAGAGUUAAGUGAGGAGAGAGUAGAAAGUCUCAUGUGCACCAGUACUUGUAGAUUUGACUCACUGCCUGUACAGACACAGUCUUUGAAGGAAGACUUCCUGGCCUGUAGUGCUUCAGACGAGGCUGCUGUAAUUGUUUGUGUCUCGAAGAUGUUUCCAGUUGAGAGAAAACAGCUUCCCCAAAACAGACAGAGUUCACCUUGCACAGACUGCCAGGUUGAUCCAAAUUUGACUUUAAAGGACCUUGGCACAGACCAACAUGUUACUGUGGUUACUGUCAGUAAUUUGUACCUUUUGAUGGGUAAGGAGUUGGAAUGCUUAGAAAGUGUCCCAGCUGGAAAUGUGUUAGGUAUAGGUGGACUUGAAGAGCAUGUUUUAAAGUCUGCUACACUGUCGAGUUCCAUUUACUGUCCACCUUUUAUUGACCUUCAUAUGCCAACACUUCCAAUAUUACGUGUGGCUAUUGAACCAGUUCGACUUAGUGACAUGCCAGCCCUUGUGCAAGGUAUGAAGCUGCUAAAUCAAGUUGAUCCAAGUGUCCAGGUCCUGAUCCAAGAGACUGGUGAGCAUGUUCUAGUCACAGCGGGCGAAGUUCAUUUAGCAAAAUGUGUCACUGAUUUACAAGAGAGGAGAGGAAAGGAAGGUGAAGAAGAUAUCAGAUCUGAUGGUUGUGUCAAACUCCAGACUCCUAAUAAGAAAUGUACGAUACAUAUACGUGCUGCUCCACUGCCAGAAGAGGUUACUAAGUUAUUAGAUAAAAAUGGUGAUAUUUUAAAAGUCCAAGAGCAGUAUGUGAGUGCUCUAACGAGACAGAGUAAAGAGAAAAGUGCUUUAACUGCAGAAGCUAUUAAGAAGUUGUCUGAACUUCACAAAAAGAUUGAAAAUGCUUUUAAUGAAGCUGGACCUGAUUGGGCAGGAGCCACUGACCAGAUAUGGUCAUUUGGACCAAGACGCUGUGGUCCUAAUUUGCUGUUGAACAAGGUUCCUGGUUACAGAAGAGCUUCAGUGUGGUACAGUGAGUAUGAAGAUGUGGAAGUUUCAUCAACUCUGUUAGACUACGAUCAUAGUUUUGUUAGUGGAUUUCAGUUAGCUUCUCUUGCAGGACCAUUGUGUGAGGAGCCAAUGAUGGGAGUUUGCUUUAUUGUUGAAAAGUGGGUGAUAGAAAAAGACCUACACUUAAAAGAGCAUAUUUGUGAAAAUGACCAAAAAAGUGAAGUAGCCCAAGAAUUUUCUGAAAUAUCUUCGGAACUUGCCCUUAAUUCGAGUAAUGUUACCAGUAUUAGUGUGCCAUUUGGACCUUUCACAGGCCAACUAAUGUCCACUGUCAAAGAAGGUUGUCGACGUGCCUUUCAGAGUCAACCUCAGCGACUGAUGUUAGCUAUGUACAGCUGUAACAUACAGGUGACAACAGAAGCUUUAGGUGAGUACAAAUAAUUUCAAGAGCUAUAGCAUCAGGUGUUUU